GUUGUGAUUGAAAGUCAGGACUUCAGUAGUUGUAUAAAUAAGUGUGUGUACAAAAGAAGCUGCCACACGUUAAACGGUAGGUGGGACCACUGACUUGGCGGAUUCACCAGGUUUUCUGGUUGAAUUUUCAAUUCUGGGAAAAUACCAGAGGUAUCUGUCAUGAAGCUGGUAACUGUCUUCCUGCUGGUGACCAUCACCAUUUGUAGUUACUCUGCUACUGCCUUCCUUUUUAAUAAGCUGCCUGUCCCUAUUGACAAGGUGCUACCAUUACCCCUGGACAACAUUCUUCCCCUCAUGGACCCACUGAAGCUUCUUCUGAAAACUCUGGGUAUUUCUGUUGAGCACCUUGUUGAAGGGCUAAGGAAGUGUGUGAAUGAGCUUGGACCAGAGGCUUCUGAGGCUGUGAAGAAACUGCUGGAAGCCCUUUCACAUUUGGUGUGACAUCAGAGAAGAAAGAGAGAGAAGGUGGAAGUAGACUGAGGAUGAUGCUCCCAUUCUCCCUGAUACUCAUUUUCUCUAACUGUACACUAAACAGGCUAAGAUCAUCUACUUCUGGAAAGGAUGAAUAAAGCAAUGAAAAGAUUUU